GCUGUGGAGGGCUAUUUUGGUAAUAAUAGCCGAACAUUCUUGAUGAUAGCUAACCACAGCCUGCGAGGCAACUCCGAAGAGGCGCAGGAAGCUGACGAUGGCUCUGAUACUCUCCACUACCUUCGUCCCAAGCAUCAAGGCAAGCUCCACCAAAUUCCGAAAUAACUUCAAGGCGGUGGUGCCUAGCGGCAGAUUUAGGCGGUGGAGCUGUCGGAAGGAGGGAGUACAUCCUGAGUUCUACGAGAAUGCUAAGGUGUACUGCAACGGCGAGCUGGUGAUGACGACUGGGGGUACGCAGAAAGAGUAUACCGUGGACGUGUGGUCGGGUAAUCAUCCUUUCUACUUGGGCAGCCGCUCCGGUCUCGUCGUUGAUGACGACCAGGUGGAGAAGUUCCGGAAGAAGUUCGGUCAGCUAUCUGAGCUCAUGGAGAUUCCUGUCCUCAAGGGUGAAAUUGUUCUGCCACAGAAGAAGAAGGCUGCUUCCAGCAAGGGUAAAGGCAAAAAGUAAAACGUAGCAACUAGGCCUCGUUAUUUUUUAUUUAGCACUGUUUCGUUUAUCUCCUUUCACUCUGCAAUGCCUAAUGAAAUUAUUCAUGCGAGGUAGAGAAAAGAGAUAAUGCCUUAUGCGUUUGAUUAAAUACCAAUUUGCAGUGCAUUAUCUGGAAUUGUGUUUUUUUGAUUCGGAAACUUAGGCAAUGGCGAUAAACUGACGAAGUUUUAGCAUCAGUUGCUGAGCUAAUCGUUUGUUUCUGAUGUGCAUAUGCCACUCUGAGGAAGCAAUGGUAUAUAAAGAUGGUUUUUUUUAUUCUUUAGAAU